ACUCCACAAACCAGAGAUGGCAGAGUUAAUUUUAAAGUUUUUUUCUUUGCUUUUUUUGUCAUCGUGUAUCUUGAUUAUUUUGAAUUUAUUAGACAAUAGGAUAAAAAGCAUCAGCUGGUCAACCUUCAUAGAAAUAGAUGACAGUGAAUCGGAAGACUUUGUGCUUGAGAGGUACAGGGCAUACUGGGAAAGAAAAUUAAAAUCAGGACCACCACAUCCUGACUUUGAAGCAGAAAUAGCAGAAAUAGCAGAUUCAGCAAAAAACAACACAAUACAACGCAUUGUAGCUGAGACCCCCAUGGCUCUCCUCUACAAAAAAGACUUCAAGAAGCUUCCUCGGUGGGAUUUUGAAGAUGUUUACAGCAAAGAUACUCAACAUAGACGACCAACAUGUGCUCAGUCUCUACGAAACACUCAGGAUGAGAAAUUCAAGAAGGCUUUUCUUCCUAACAUACGUUUGUUUCUGCACAAAGACAACAUUAACAUGAGCGAGUGGAAUCGCCUUUCACAUUUCAACAGUCCUUUUGGGUUUAUGAACUACAAAUAUGAUGAUGUGAUGGAUUCAGUGAAGCUGAUUCCAAAGCCAAAUAAGCCACUGCUUCUCCCAAAACCAGGUGGUGAUGGCUGUGUGCGCUGUGCUGUGGUAGGUACUGGAGGAAUCCUGAACGGCUCAAAGAAGGGAGUGGAGAUCGAUGGCCAUGAUUACGUUUUUCGGAUGAAUGGUGCCAUCACUAAGGGUUAUGAGGAAGAUGUAGGAAACAAAACAUCGGUUUACGUUCACACAGCCCACUCCAUCACGACAUCACUUUACUUGCUCAAGAAGUACGGGUACAAAUCUGCCCCUCAUGACGAGGGUAUAAAAUAUGUGUUGAUUCCAGAGGGGAUGAGGGAUUUCCAGUGGCUAAAGGCUCUUCUGAGAGGAGAAAAGGUCUCUGCUGGCCCAUACCGCAAUAAACUACCAAGGACCUACUAUUCAGGGCAAUACAAUGAAAGUCGUUUCUACGUUCUGCACCAGGACUUCCUCCGAUAUGUGCGGAACAGGUUCUUACUGUCACCUAAUCUGAAUAAAACAUACUGGUCUUUGGUCAGACCAACCAACGGGGCAUUCACUGUCUUCUUGGCUCUGCACACCUGUGACAUAGUCGAUGCAUAUGGAUUCAUGACUGACGACUACGUCAAAUAUCCUAACUACUAUGUUGAGAAAAACAUGAGCAAAGUCAUUUUCUACGCCAACCAUGACUACAUUUUGGAGAAGAAUACAUGGAAAGACCUUCAUAACAGGAAAAUAAUCAGGCUGUUUCGAAGAACUGAGUCAAAAGCAAAGAACUAAAAGCAACGCUGACAUGAUCAAGAUUUCUGAUUACCAGAUUUAAAAACAACUAUGUGUACUUUCCAAAGACUGAGACAAUAUGUGAUGCUCAGUUUUACUCAUUAUGGUAGCUGGUUUUAUUUUUCUGCAACUCCUUUUGUGGUUUUAUCAAAAGCAAAAGACGAUCGAGCAGUAAUAUCUCAUUAAUGAUGCAAACUAAACCAUCCAAAGCAAAGACGCUAUGAUUAUUAUCACUCAUGUUAUUUUAUUAAAGUGCAUCUCUGUGGGUAAAUUUCCAUAGAUUAAAAUCAAGCAUCGACAACAGCUGGGAUUGAGUCAAGAGCAUUAAUGCAGAUGAACUCUUUGCCUCUUUAUUUUUACUAUUGGUUUAAUUUGGUCACAUUGAAGGGGUUUUCAGCAUAAAUGGCAGUUUUAUAAAUUUUCUUGCAUUUGAAUACUUGAUAUUGUUUGGUUACUAUUGGUUGCAGAUUUUCAGUUUUCAUUUAUGCUUUUUCAGCUUAUAUAUCAAAUAUUGACAAAAGAGUAAUAUGUAAUCCAGGUAUAUCUGUAUAAUUAUUUACGUCUGAUGUGUUAUUUAGCUUUAAGAUAAACGCUGUUAAUACCUGUUUGUGACAGCUGUAGUUACAGCUUUUACUUGUGGCACAAUAUCUUCAUGUUGAAACCAAAUAGCCAAUUAUAUAGUCCACCCCUGGAAAAAGGCAUAAUAACAAGAUUAUAUUAUUAUCCUUUUUUUUAUUUGUUUGUUUGUUGGAUUUUAGUGGUUGACUUUGCUUUUAUAGUAAAUUUAAAUUUCUAGAGGUUUAAUGGAGAAAUAAGCUGUGAUUUUAUUGUGGUGGUUUGUUUUGAUGUUACAGUUUUUCUCUGUUAUUUUAUUUUCUUAAUUAGUUCAAAAGUUGUAUCUUUCAGAAAAAUUAUUUUUUGUGAAACACAAAAUGUUCAGUCAAACACAACAAGUUUUGUAUAGAGUUGUUUGAUGUAUCAAUGACAUCCAAAGACAGCUCAAAUGAUCUGUAACAUCUGUGUACAUUGUGCAUGUAAUUUUAUGUAGGAAAUAAAGCUGACUUUUGUGGGA